AUGUUACGGCAAUUCUUGGAAUUAAAUUAUAACAGCUUGUAUCUCUCUCUCUUUCCCCCUCUCUCCCUCCCUCCAUCUACCCCUCUCUCCUCUCUCCCCUCCUCUCUCUCUUCCCCUCUCUUUCUCCCUCACUCUCUCUCUUCCCUCACUCUCUUCCUCUCACUCUUCCCCGUCUCUCACUCCCUCUCUCUCUUCCCCAUCACUUCUUUCCUCUCUCUCUUCCUCCCUCACUCUCUCUUCCCUCUCUCUCCUUCUCUCUCUCCCUCUCUCUUCCCCUCUCUUCCUCCCUCUCUCUUCCCCGUCUUUCUUUCCCUUCUCUUCCCUCUCCCUCUCUUUCCCGUCUCUCCCUCCCUCCCUCUCUUCCCCCUCUCUUCCUCCCUAUCUCUUCUUUCUCUCUUCCUCCCUCUCUCUCCCUCCCUCUCUCUCUCCUCCCCCUCUCUUCCUCCCUAUCUCUUCUUUCUCUCUUCCUCCCUCUCUCUCUCUCUUCCCUCUCUUUUUCUUCUCCGUCUCUCUCUCCCUCUCACUCUUUCCUCUCUCUCUUCUCUGUCCCUCCCUCCCUCUCUGACUUCCCCUCUCUUCCUCACUCUCUCUCCCUUUCUCUCUUCUCUCUACCUCUGUUAA